AAUAAUAAUGACAGUGGCAGUACAGGGAGCGAUCGCUACAUAGGUAUUGUAUGAAGGUUGAUAAACGUCAUUAACUUUUCUGUGAGUGAUAGAAGUUGCUGGUUUUAGAUCGAUCGAAGGAAUAUAAAUUACGAAUAAAAAUGAUUAGGUUUAUUUUGAUACAAAAUCGUGCUGGAAAAACUCGACUGGCAAAAUGGUACAUGAACUUUGAUGACGAUGAAAAACAGAAAUUAAUUGAAGAGGUGCAUGCUGUUGUUACAGUUCGCGAUGCAAAACAUACAAAUUUCGUUGAAUUCCGUAACUUCAAAAUCGUCUACAGACGUUAUGCUGGUCUAUACUUUUGCAUUUGCGUUGAUGUCAAUGACAACAAUCUGUGCUAUUUGGAAGCGAUACAUAAUUUCGUCGAAGUGCUCAAUGAAUACUUUCACAAUGUGUGCGAAUUGGAUCUGGUGUUUAAUUUCUACAAAGUGUACACGGUGGUGGAUGAAAUGUUUUUGGCCGGUGAAAUUCGAGAAACAUCACAGACCAAAGUACUCAAACAAUUAUUGAUGCUGAACACACUGGAGUAGAUCAAAAUCAAUCAAAAUCAUUGUUGGUAAGUAAUAAAUAUAUAAAAACAGAAAUAUAUUUAAAAAGUAAAAAAUAAAAAUCAUCCCGGCGCCGCCUCGGUGAUGCAUUACACACUAUGAAUUUUGAAAUUGUAUAAAAAGAAGAGAGAAAAAUUUAUAAGAAAACCAAAUGCGGAUUUUUUGUUUACAAUUUGCGAAUAUGUACACACAAAUUUACUCAUUCAAUAAAACGAGAAGAUGGAAAAACAAACAUUUAUUUAUGAAAGAGAAAGACAAAACAUUUACACAAAAAAACGAAAAAUGAAAACAAAACAAAUUACAAAAGAAUUUCGUUUUUAGAAUUAAAUAAAUUUCUGAUAAAACAAACGAUCGCUGCCAGAUAUCUUUUUUCGUUUCGGUUUUUUCUGCUUUUUAAAUAAGAUAUUGAAAGAGAAAGAGAGCAAGUAAAAUUGAGUAUUAUUUUGAACGUUGAGUAGUUCUAGUGUUUAUUGAA